ACAGCCAUCGCAGAGAGAGGUCAGACACAAAACACAGGAUUAAGAUUAUCAGAGGUCCAGCUCGUCUGCUUUCCAAACCACGCGUUUCCUGGACAGCCUGCAAGGAAAAGAACGUCUUUUCUUUUUUUUUAUUUGAACUCUGAUCGCCUGACACUCCGCCAGGACUGUGUGUAAUUAAGACAUGCCCUGCCGAAGUUCAGCUUGUUUUCUGAACCGUUGCCAGCGCAGAUCCUGAUCCCGAUACUGUGAUGAUCCUGCGAUGGUAAAAGUGUUUUUGAUGACACUAGCAGAGUCGGUAUGUGGAAACGUUGCAGGCUCGAUCCAGAAGCUUGAUUGACUUUUUGUUUGAUCAAACUUUGGAUGUUCUUCCUAAAAAAAAAAAGAAACUCUGCUGGUGUUUUACUCUGAUGUCUACUGGACUUUUCUGUCGUGACCAGCGAUUAAAAUCCUCAUUAGACCCUCUGGACGGCACAUUUUUGGGUUAUUCUCUCGGCACCGACGGGGUUUUCUCACCUUUCUGGUUCCAAACCUCGUAUGGACUUGAGGGACUGUGAUUCCCUCCGGAUCCCCCAUUCUCCUGGCUGCACCACACUCCCCUCUUGGCUCUGGAAAAGGGGAUUUGGGGUGAGCAGUAUGGUUGCGGGACAGAGCACGCUCAGCCUGCUGGUGCAGCGGUUUAACUCUGGAUGCUCCCUGGAGAGCAGAUCACGGAAGAGCAGGAUGGCCAAAAAGGUGGAGGAGCCCAGCACCAAACGCAGUAAACCUGUGUCCAGGGUGACGUCUCUGGCCAGCCUGCUGCCGCCCGUCAAGACCACGCCGCUGAAGAGGAUCGGUCAGACGCUGCAGUCUCUGUCUCUGCAGCGCUCCAUCAGUUUCCGUAAUGAGAAUCGGACGGAGAGACCUGCUCCUGCACCUCCUCUCUCCUCCGCAGCGCCGAAGACGCGGGUUAUCUCAGCAACGCUCUCUAACCCUUCCUCCUCCAUGACGGCGUCCCGGGUUUCCUCGGCAACAGCCCCGGCAUCCAAGCGCCGCGACAGCAAGCUGUGGAGCGAGACGUUCGACGUCCGACUGGGAGCCACGCAACCGCUGAGCCCGAAGGAGAUCAAGCGACAAGAGGCCAUUUUUGAGCUGGUUCAGGGGGAGCAAGACUUGGUGGAGGAUCUCCAGUUGGCAAAGAAGGCCUAUCACGACCCGAUGCUGAAGCUGAGCAUCAUGACUGAGCAGGAACUGAACCAGAUCUUUGGUACUCUGGAUUCCCUGAUACCGCUGCAUGAAGAUCUGCUCAGCCGCCUCCGAGAUGCCAGAAAACCCGACGGGUCCACGGAACAUGUAGGGCACAUUCUGACCGCCUGGCUCCCCUGCCUCUCCUCCUACACGCCGUACUGCAGCAACCAGGUGAAGGCCAAGGCCCUGCUGGACCAGAAGAAGCAGGACCGGCGGGUCCAGGACUUCCUGCAGCGCUGCCUGCAGUCGCCCUUCAGCAGGAAGCUGGACCUGUGGAACUUCCUGGACAUCCCCCGCAGCCGGCUGGUCAAGUACCCGCUGCUGCUCAGAGAAAUCCUCAAGCACACGCCCGACGAGCAUCCGGACCGGCUGCACCUGGACCAAGCGAUGCUGAUGGUUCAGAGUGUGGUGGCCGACAUCAACAGGCAGACGGGAGAAUCCGAGUGUCAGUACUACAAGGACCGUCUGCUUUACUCGGAGGACGGACAGAAGGACGAGCUGAUCGAUCGGUCCAGGACCCUCAGCUGCCACGGAGAGCUGAAGAACAACAGAGGGCUGAAGCUCCACGUGUUUCUGUUCCAGGACGUGCUGGUCCUCACCAGGUCCGUCUCGCUGAACAACCAGCCGGUCAGCUUCCAGCUCUGCCGCCAGCCGGUCCCCAUCCGUCAGCUGGACCUGGAGGACGUCUCGGACGGAGAGAUGAGGGUGGGCGGCUCCAUCAGAGGAGCCUUCGGCAACAACGAGCGGACCAAGAACUUCUUCCGGGUGUCGUACCGCACCGGAGGACAGCUGCAGACACACUACUUUCAGGCCAGCGACGCCUUUAACAAGCAGCAGUGGCUCAACUGCAUCAGACAAGCCAAAGACGCGGCGGCGCUGACGGAAACCCGGCCGCCGCAGACGGUGGAGCAUCCGGAGCCGGGACUGAGCGACGAUAACGAGAGGCUUGGGAACGAGAGGGGGAUGGGGGGGGAUAUGGAGACGGGUCUGAGCGGAGGAGAAGAUCUCUGCCUGGAUAAGGAGGACGGGAUGGCUGGAGAGAUAAUCCCAGGUAGCCGGGGGGAGACGUGUCUCGGUGAGGAGUUGGACCGCGGAGCAGUGAGCGACGGCGAGGCCGAGACCGGCCAGGUGAUGGAGUCCAGGUGGGGCGUCUGCGGGAGGAUGGGAGCGGAUACAGACGCCACCGUAAACUGGAAAAUCAAUGAUACUUACGUUCCUGCCUCCCUCUUCUCCUCACUCCCUCCUGGAGGAGAGAAGGACAGGAUGACGGAGGAGAAGCAGGAAGAGCUGCUCAUGGACACUGAUGCAAGUGGCUCGCUGCAGAGCGAGGACCAGUGCUGAUAUAUGAGAAAGAAACGGGACUGAAGGAUCAACCCGCGAACUUACAGACCGAGAGAAACAAAAAUGAACCCUCAGACUUGUUCAAGUGAAUUUUCCGACAGAUUCAAGUGUGUAAAGGUAAAUAUUAACAACCUCCGGGAGUAGUCACAUGACCAACCAGCAGCUACGUUAUGCAGGUCUUUGUGAUUAACAGCAAUAUGACGCUCAAACACAUAAAAUUGGAAGGAUGUAAAGCAAAACAGGUUUCCAGAUGUUGAGAAUAAUUUAAAAAAAAAUUACAAAAGAGAAGUAAAACAAGCAAUUAUUAUUAUUGUAGGAGAAUUUGGGGCGAAUUUUCCUGAAUAGUAUGUUGUUUUAUUGGUUUAAAUCGUUUUUUACAUUCAUAUAAUAAAUAAUUACAUAAGUCUUUUUAAAAAUUAAUAUAAUUAAUAUAUAUAGAGAGAAAAUAAUCGGUCUUCCGUGGCAGUAGUGGCAACUUAAAAAAAAAAAAAGAAACCAUGCACAACUAUUUUACUUUACUUUAUGAAAGCACUCGUGGGCGAGAAAGCACCAAAAACUGGUGUGGAAGAAGAAAGUCACAUAAAGAAAAGACUGGAUUCUGCAGGACAUAAAAUUAUAGUUAAUGUUGGCAAAGGUUGCAGGUUUAAUUAUUACCUGUGGUGCAGGUGGACUGACGACACGUCACCUGGAUAUAAUAUAAGGAAAACAGUCCAACCAUGGCUUAACGAUAUCUAAAAUACUAUCUACCUAAAUUGUACGCUAAGAUGGGAGAUUGUGUUAACCCCUGGUGCCUGUGGUACUGCACGUUCAUGCAUUAUGGAGGCAUCAUUUCAGAAGUGUGGUUUUUGAUGGAAAUCAGAAGAAACAUCUUGGGUUUGCUCUCAAUUUUAAUCUAGUUCUUGCAGAUUUUGCAGGAAUAGCCUACUCCGGCUUAAAUGGGUGUUAAAACCCAUUUACCGGUUCAGAAUCUCAUCCUGGGCAUUCAGGUUAACAUGUUUUAUUGUUAAAACAUUGCAUGUAUUUUGUUCUCAUGCUGUUGCAACCAGAGUUUAAGUGCCCGUUUCUAUAGGAGUCCCUGAAUAAAGGCUCUGCUGUCUUUGGUCGGCUGAUUGGUUUAAAAAAUAAAUCAUAAAGUCCAAGUUUCAAGACAGCUGCUCAGUCUUUGUUGGUGGCGUUUGUACAAAUGUCUUUUUUUAUUUAACCUUUAUUUAACCAGGAAAAGAAACCCAUUGAGAUUAAAAAUCUCUUUUGCAAGGGUGUCCUGGCCAAGAUUUCAGAUAUUAAAAUUUACAGAGGUGUGAUGUAAAAUAUUAAAAUCAAAUGAAACAAAAAAUGGAAAUCAUUUAAAGCAGUUACAAAUCAGAGAUGCUGUUUCAAGUCCACUCAUUCUGGACUUAAAAUCACUCAGUGGAGUAAGUUCUGUUAUUUUUAGAUCCUUUUGAAGUUUGUUCAAAAGGAUCUAAAAGAUUAUGAAAUCUUUCAUGCCUUUACCAUUAGAUAAAGGAGAAAAAUGUCCAGAGGUUGGUUGGUCUUACACUCAUUUUGGUCUGGAGGUUUUUUCUUCUAGUUUUGCAGAUUUUUUUAACUGCAAAGAAAAAAGAAAAAGCCACAUUAAACAUUGAAAAUAGGGGAAAAUGCCCCACUGAACCUUGUGUGAUGUAAUUAACCUCCUCUUUUUUUAAUCUUAUUUGCAAACACAACAAAAAGAUAACUUCUCAUUCCCAUGCUGCUGAAAUAUCCAGCCUUGGAGCAGAUCUGAGGAAAAACGAAGGCAGUGGCUGCUGCUAAACUUUAGUUGUUUUACUAUUUAUAUGAACCAUCUGGGAUUUUAAUGAACUUCAGACCGCAGGGUGUAACAUGUUAAAUCAAUGUAUCUGUUAUCCUAUACAAGUACGUACACUUAGAAACGGACUCCUUUAACUUUACUAAACCGUCGACCUGUCGUAGCUGUAAUGUAGGCCUGGGUUGGUCAUGUGACUGAAAUAACUGUUGUGUCCAGAUAAGUGGCGACCAUGGUAACGACUGUGUUGUACAACAGCACAGAAAUCACAUUACGUGUUGGACGUGUUUGCCUCCUGAACCUGAAUCAAAGGUUUGUAGUUUGUACAAAGAAGGUCCUCAUGUGGUUUGAUAAGAGAGCUGAUAACGCGGCCCUCCCGCCGCGGCCCACUUUCAGUAUACGGCAAUAAAACCCUUCUCCAUAAUUAAAAACAGAGCUGCCAAAUAUGAAAAGUACAAUAUGUGCCCUCUUUUGUGACUAAUCUCACAAGAGAUCUGUGAACUAAUGUCGGCAGCACAAAGCCUCUGCAGAUUCCCAGUGUCUUAUCUAAUUUCCUUUUUCUUGAGUCUGAUACGUCUUUUACUUUGUUUUGUGUCUCUUCUUUUUUUAAAUGUCUGUAAACACUGGAGAAAAUUACUUUUUAAAACACUAAAGGUGCAAUGACACAAAUAUUCUGUGGAUUUUCGGUCUCGAUAAUCCGUCAAAACAAAAGUCUGUUGUUGUAUAUGUACUGUAUAUAUGUAAAGACUGUACAAGGAGUGUGUGUUUUUGUGAAUUCUGGAAAAAAGCCAAAUAUGAUUGUUUGUUUGUUUGUUUGUUAUACAUGUGCUUACUCAUUACAUAUGCAAUAGGAUUUUAAUGUCAAGACAAUCUGUUCUGAGAUUGCCAUGAAUGAGGAGGAUAAUUAACUAUUCAUUUGGAUAUUUUUUUAUUACAAAGUUUAACUUCUGCACUCCUGAAAACAACUGCUGUGCUGUGUAAAAAAUAAACAGGUGAUAUUUAGUUGAAGUAUUAAGCCACGUUUGGAUUGUCACAGAACCAAAGAAUCAAUAAAUUUCUAAUAAAAUGAA